AUGGCCCACUCACUAUAUUUACACCACUGCAUCCAUCCAUGCACCUCAACAACUAAAUCAUUCCUAUUUUUUCAUGGCCGUCGCGAAUGCGUCCUUUUUCAGUUAUCUGGGAUCUACAAGAACGUAAUCGCCACAGACGCAAGCCCAGAACAGCUCGCCUUCGCACAAAAGCUCCCCAACAUCCGCUACCAACAUACUCCCUCCACGAUAUCCGCUGAGGAACUCGCACGUGAUGUGGCCCCACAUGGAACGGUCGAUCUAGUGAUAGUAGCCCGAGCCUUCCACUGGUUUGAUCACCCCACAUUCUACCAACGAGUGAACCUGGUACUCAAGAAACCCAAUGGAGUGCUUGCAGUAUGGUGUUACACUGUGCCACGAUUCAAUGACUCAGUCGACACCGUCUUUUUGCGAUUGUAUGCUGAGUCGGCACCCUACUGGGCUUCGGCUCGUAAGAUGGUGGAUGAUGAGUAUAGGAGUUUUGAUUUCCCGUUCGAAUCGGUGGAGGGAACUGACCACACUGGACCGUUAGAGUUCGAGAUGAAGAGAUCAAUGAAUUUGGAUGCGUAUCUUACAUACAUACUAUCAUGGUCCACUUAUCAGACGGCGCAUGAGAAGGGAAUUGAGUUGUUGAGUGAGGAAGUGGUGGAAGAUUUCAAGCGUGCAUAGGGAGAAGAGGAUACCAGUGCUCAGAUUGUGAGGCAUCCCAUUUUUCUGAGGAUUGGGAGAGUAGGGAAUUAAGUGGGAAUAGUUUAUUAUGAAUUCCUUCUUUUAUUUU